AUGUUUGGAAUUCAAGAUACUUUAGGAAGAGGACCAAUUCUGAAAGAUAAAUCUCUAGGUUCUGAGAUGGAUUCCGUCAGGUCCUGGGUCAGAAACGUUGGGGUUGUGGAUGCAAACGUAGCCGCACAAAGCGGAGUAGCUUUGUCCAGAGCCCACUUUGAAAAGCAGCCACCCUCCAACUUGAGGAAAUCCAAUUUCUUUCACUUUGUUCUGGCUCUCUACGACAGACAGGGGCAGCCCGUGGAAAUAGAGAGGACAGCUUUUGUGGACUUUGUAGAAAAUGAUAAAGAGCAAGGCAACGAGAAGACGAACAAUGGCACACACUACAAACUCCAGCUCCUCUACAGCAACGGUGUCAGGACAGAACAGGAUCUCUAUGUGAGGCUCAUUGAUUCUGUGACCAAGCAGCCUAUAACUUAUGAAGGCCAGAACAAGAACCCCGAGAUGUGCAGAGUGUUGCUCACCCACGAAGUCAUGUGCAGUCGGUGCUGUGAGAAGAAAAGUUGUGGCAACAGAAAUGAGACUCCAUCUGACCCUGUGAUCAUUGACAGAUUCUUCCUAAAAUUUUUUCUCAAGUGCAAUCAGAAUUGCUUGAAAACAGCAGGGAACCCAAGAGAUAUGAGACGGUUCCAGGUGGUGCUAUCAACAACAGUGAACGUGGAUGGGCAUGUGCUGGCAGUGUCUGACAACAUGUUCGUGCACAACAACUCCAAGCACGGGCGGAGAGCAAGAAGACUCGACCCCUCGGAAGGUGGGAAUGGUUUUUUGUUCUAUGCAGCCACGCCCUGCAUCAAAGCCAUCAGCCCAAGCGAGGGGUGGACCACGGGGGGAGCCAUGGUGAUCAUCAUCGGGGACAACUUCUUCGAUGGGCUGCAGGUGGUGUUUGGGACCAUGCUGGUGUGGAGUGAGCUGAUCACACCUCACGCCAUCCGUGUCCAGACGCCUCCCCGGCACAUUCCCGGUGUGGUGGAGGUGACAUUAUCCUACAAAUCCAAACAGUUCUGCAAAGGAGCACCAGGCAGGUUCAUUUACACAGCUUUAAAUGAACCUACCAUAGAUUACGGCUUCCAAAGACUGCAGAAGGUCAUCCCAAGACAUCCUGGGGACCCUGAAAGAUUAGCUAAGGAGAUGCUGCUGAAAAGAGCCGCUGACCUGGUCGAGGCCCUGUACGGGACGCCCCACAACAACCAGGACCUGAUCCUGAAGCGCGCGGCCGACAUCGCCGAGGCGCUGUACAGCGUGCCCCGCAACCCCGCGCAGAUCCCCGCGCUGUCCAGCUCCCCGGCGCACAGCUCCAUGAUGGGCAUCAACUCCUACGGCAGCCAGCUGGGCGUCAGCAUCUCCGAGUCGGCGCAGGGCAACAACCAGGGUUACAUCCGUAACACCAGCAGCAUCUCCCCCCGGGGGUACUCGUCCAGCUCCACCCCGCAGCAGUCCAACUACAGCACCUCCAGCAACAGCAUGAACGGCUACAGCAACGUGCCCAUGUCCAACCUGGGCGUGCCCGGCUCCCCUGGCUUCAUCAACGGCUCCCCGACGGGCUCGCCCUACGGACAAAUUCCUUUUUGUCCUUUGGCAGUGAUGUCUUCAAGUCCAACAGUCGGCUCCUCCAGCACUUCUUCCAUCCUCCCGUUCUCCUCCUCGGUGUUCCCUGCUGUCAAACAGAAGAGUGCCUUUGCUCCUGUCAUCAGACCCCAAGGGUCUCCCUCUCCCGCCUGCUCCAGCGGCAACGGGAACGGCUUCAGAGCCAUGACUGGUCUUGUCAUUCCCCCGAUGUAAGGAAGGGGCAGCUUUGCUGCUCUUCCUCCCUCUUCCAUUUUUUCCUCCUUUUUUUUUCAUUUUUCUUUUACAGCACAAAACUACUUAUUGUGAUGGACCACUAAAAAGAAAAAAAUAGCACUACAAGCUCUUUUUUGGGGAAAAGCCAGGCCCAGGAAAAAAAGGAACAUUUUUUAUGGAUUGGACGAGAUAGAAGUCCGCAUCAUUUACCAGUUUCAUAUUUCUGACACAACCACAUCAACUCCUCAAACAUUGGGCAUGAAGAAUCAGCAAGAGCCAGGAUGAACAAGAGUUGGCAGAAUUGAAUUAGAAAUGCAAAGUCUUUCCUGGAAGACACGAAAACCUUCCUAAGAUUUGUAAAAUAUUCAAAGGAAAAAAAAAGAAAUUGGCAAAAUGAUUCAAGGUUGAUAUUUUGGAUACAAUUUGUUUUACUUUGUAGGGGUAAAAAAGUUGAAGUUUCUAUUUUCUAUGGAGCCUUUCAGAUAUCGAUUUAGUUUAUGCAGAAAAACAAUUCAACAAAACAGGGUACCAGCAUGAAAGAAUUUCUAGGAUAAACUGACAUGAAUGAUGGAACUUUGGUGUAUGUGUGUAUUUGCUUAUAGUUUAACCUCUUUAAAAAAUGUAAGAUGUUUUACAAUUAUUUAAAUAAAUAAACU